AUGUCUUUUAUCCUCAAACUUAUGAUGAUAUACUCCGGAGUGAUUGUAAUCUAUGGUCAAGAAAAUUUAAUAAUUGUUCCAGAUAAAAGUGACCUAAGAAUUCAGAUUAUAGGUGACAUAGUUAAGGAAAAUUUGAAAACAAACGGAUGGAACAACAUACUCUGCUUCGGACAUCUACCAGACAAUUUCUACAGUAUAGUCCAAGAACUCAAUCUUACUUUCUCUAUUUCCAACGUGGAUGUUGAAGACGAUUAUGAUAUAGAGGGUGUUGUACCUUACCAUUCAAAUUUCAUUGUCAUAGACUGUAUAAACUUUGAGCAGUUCGAGGAUGUUAUGACUAAAGUGGUUUCUUUGCCAUAUUGGCAUCCACUCGCCCAUGUCAUUUUAUAUUAUCAUACACUCGAAGACAAACAAAUGAUGGCCAAACUAUUUUACAUACUGUGGUACUAUAGAGCGAUAAAUGUUAUUAUCAUUCAGUACGAUGAUUUUAAAAAUGUGUUGUUGGUGUCAUAUUUUAAUCCGUAUACAAGUGAACCUUACCGAUAUAAGAAUGUGUACGGCUGCAAGUUGACGAAGAAAAUAGGCAUGCCGUUUGAUGACUUUGAAACUGGGUUCACUUGUGAAGAGGGUUGCGAAAAUAUACCUCUCAAAUCGAAAGUUCGUCGUAAUUUCUUUGGUAUUUGUCUAGGGUUUGAUACAAUUUCCGUGAACUACAAUGAUACAUCAACAUUGAAGGAAAUCGAUUUAUUUGAGAAUAAAGCAAAGAAUUUUCACAGAUAUCCACUCAGAGCGUUUGGUGCUGAAGUGUUACCAUUUUUAGAAAUUAGAAAUUACAGCGACGGUACCUACUCGAUGCAUAAGAGAGAUGCAAUGGUAUGGAACACGAUGGCUGAGAUGAUGAACUUUACAAUAGAUCUGUCACCUGCCGAGGGAAAGAUAAAAGAACCAUUUGAUUAUGAUCUAAGUAUUCAAAUGAUAUUCGCAUUCUCACAUAGAAAAUUUGACUUGUUUCUCUUCCCCGUUUAUCAAUAUGAUUUAGUCCUUUUCCAAAUAGAUAAUACAUUUCCCUACAAGGAUAGCGGUGUUUGCUUUUUAGCUCAUCGUGCUAAUUUUGAAACGAUUCUAUUCGACCAAAAAUUGUUACUUAACAAUAUCGGUAUUGUUGUACAAUUUUUAUUUUGCUUUUUAGGCUCUUGGUUCGUAUUCUUUAUAUUUAACAUUGAACAAGGUGAACGGAUAAGUUUCGAUCGAGCUGGUAAAGAUCUUGUAAAUGCAGUAAAAACAGUUUUAUCUAUGGGUCUUGAUAAAACACCCAGACGAGGUUCAUUUCGUAUAUUUUUCAUUAUAUCACUCUGGAGUUUUUUUGUUAUUAACUUCUCUACUCAAGCAGCUAUAAUAUCAUUUUUUUCUGCUGCUAAAAGAGGUAAAGAAGUGGAAACAUUUGAAGAUAUCGCUGCCAAAGGAUAUAUGGUGGAAGUCAGCAAAUAUUUGGAAAGAAAUAAAAUGAACGAUAAAGGUCAGCAAUACUUACAUGUGGCUAAAGAUAAAGCACAUGGCCAUCACCUGAACAUGCUAUUCCAAAAGCAUUCAGUGAUAACUGAAGUAUACAACAAAUAUAUAUUAGCUAUAGUUGAAGCGGGUUUAGUCACAAAAUGGGAGCAGUACAGAUUUACUGAAAUCAGGGAGGAAGCGCCAGUUGACAUAGUAAUAAAUAAUUUGAAAACAAACGGAUGGAACAACAUACUCUGCUUCGGACAUCUACCUGACAAUUUCUACAGUAAAGUCCAAGAACUCAAUCUUACUUUCUCUAUUUCCAACGUGGAUGUUGAAGACGAUUAUGAUAUAGAGGGUGUUGUACCUUACCAUUCAAAUUUCAUUGUCAUCGACUGUAUAAACUUUGAGCAGUUCGAGGAUGUUAUGACUAAAGUGGUUUCUUUGCCAUAUUGGCAUCCACUCGCCCAUGUCAUUUUAUAUUAUCAUACACUCGAAGACAAACAAAUGAUGGCCAAACUAUUUUACAUACUGUGGUACUAUAGAGCGAUAAAUGUUAUUAUCAUUCAGUACGAUGAUUUUAAAGAUAUGCUGUUGGUAUCAUAUUUUAAUCCGUAUACAAGUGAACCUUACCGAUAUAAAAAUGUGUACGGCUGCAAGUUGACGAAGAAAAUAGGCAUGCCGUUUGAUAAUUUUGAAACAGGCUUUACUUGCGAAGAGGGUUGUGAAAAUAUCCCUAUUAAAUCUAAAGUACGUAAAAACUUUUUUGGUACUUGCCUCGGAUAUGAAACACUUUUAUUUGAUUACUACAAUACCUCAGUAUUGCAAAGAAUCAACUUGUUCGAGAGCAAAGUAAAAGAUUUUCACGGCUAUCCACUAAGAGCAUUCGGUGCGGAAGUAUUACCCUUUUUAGAAAUCCGUAAUAACAGCGAUGGAACUUAUACGCUAGAUAAACGGGAUGCCAUAGUUUGGAACACUAUGGCUGAGAUAAUGAAUUUCACUAUAGACCUGUCACCCGCUGAGGGAAAAAUUAAAGAACCUUUCGACUAUGAUUUGAACAUUCAAAUGAUUUUUGCCUUUUCACAUAGAAAGUUUGACUUAUUUCUGUUCCCUGUUUACCAAUUUGAUUUAGUUCUCGUAGAAAUAGAUAAUACCUUCCCAUAUAAGGAAAGUGGCGUAUGUUUCCUUGCACAUCGUGCUGAUUUUGAAACUGUUCUUUUCGAUCAAAAAUUGUUAAUUAACAACUUGGGGCUAGUUCUACAAUUCCUAUUAUGCUUCUUAUGCUCUUGGUUUGUUUUCUUUGUAUUUAACAUAGAGCAACGUCAACGAAUUACUUUGGACCAGGCCGGGAAAGAUCUUGUCAAUACCGUAAGGACGAUACUAUCUAUUGGUCUUUAUAAUCCACCCAAACGAGGUUCAUUUCGUAUUUUUUUUAUCAUAUCUCUUUGGAGUUUCUUCAUUAUUAACUUCUCUACUCAAGCAGCUAUUAUUUCGUUCUUUUCCGCUGCUAAGAGAGGCAAAGAAGUAGACACGUUUGAAGAUAUUGCGGAAAAGGGUUACAUCGUCGAAGGUAUGGCAUCGCCUGAUGUUAUACUACCAGACCAUAAAGAAGCUUAUCGCGCUAUUAACUCUAGACUUGUUUCUAAUAAAGAUUUAUUCGGUUGUGUGAAAAAGAUGAGUAACGACAGUCAUAGAUUUUGUUUGUUAGAUUGUGCAGUCUGCAAGUAUUUGGAAAGAAACAAAAUGAAUGAGAAAGGAGAACAGUAUUUACACGUGGCCAAAGACAGAGCUCAUGGACAUUACCUGAACAUGCUAUUCCAAAGAAAUUCUGCCAUAACAGAAGUGUACAAUAAAUACAUUUUAGCUAUAGUUGAAGCGGGCUUAGUCACAAAAUGGGAGCAGUAUAGAUUUACUGAAAUCAAAGAGGAAGCGCCAGUUCGAGCCAUGGGCUGGGAGGAUGUGGAAGGAAUUUAUAAAUGCUAUGGUCUAUUUCUCGCAAUUAGUUUUAUUACGUUUCUGUGUGAAAUAUCAAUUAAAAUCAUCACAGAAAUUAAGAAUUGCUGUUCCAAAAAGGUUAAACUGUGUAGAAAAUAA